AUGAAGGAGGCCGGCGCGAGCAGCAACAGCAGCAGCAGCGGCAGCGGAAGCGAGUGGGAGCGCGCGCAGCAGGCGGUGCGCGUGAGCGUGGACCUGGUGGCGGCGGCGCAGCAGCAUUUCCGCCUGCUGCGUGCCGUGGACUGCUGCGCGGGCCUCUACUCCGGCCCCGCCGUGCGCCGCGCCAUCCGCAGGCGAGUGACGGUGCUGGGAAUUUGUAGAGAGGGAGGGGGGAUGGAGGGGGGAUGGAGGGGGGGUGGAGGGGGGUUGGAGGGGGGUUGGAGGGGGGGUGGAGGGGGGAUCUGUGGGGAGGAGGGUACGAGCGGUGCUGGCUUCCACUCCUGGACGAGGUGCAAGGGGGACGGCAGGGAGCAGCAGCAGCAGCAGCAGCAGCAGCAGCAGCAAGCAGGGGAGGAGGAGAGACAGAGCUGCCAUCGUGCCUCGUGCCGCCUCUGGACGUGCACUGGAUAUGGCUGUGCCACAGACUCGCGCCUGUACGCCACCGCUGCUGGCCCUUUGCCUUUCCCAUAUGAUGCAUACGCGCGUGACUGCAUGGCAAUGUUCUCCCGGGUUCUCGACUGCCCUCUCCCGCUCCUCGACCCGGCUGCCGCCUCCUCCUCUUCCUCCUCCUCCACCUCCUUCUCCUCCUCCUCCUCCUCCUUCUCCUCCGCACAGUCCCCGCACUCCCCAUCCCUGCUCUCCCCGCCCACCCCCUCCAUGCACACGCACUCGUUCAACCAAUACGCGGACCAGCAGCAGCAGCAGGCGGAGGCGGUGGCAGUGAGUCGGCGAGUGUGGAACGAGAGGUGGCCUGGUGACCCCUACGACCUGCACUUGUUCCAGCCAGGCGCCAACGCUGCUGCCGGCGCUGCUGCUUCCCUCGCCGCCUUGCACCUCCCGCCCAGCCUGCUCGGUCCUUCCUCUAGCUUCCGCUCCACGCCUUCCUCUCUCUCCGUUGAGUCUCCACGUGCUCCUUCUGCUGCUCCUGCUGCUGCUGCCACUGCCGGUGCUCUUGGUAGCCGGGCGGAGCAGGAAGGAGGGGAGUGUGCAGUUGGGGAGGAGGAGGCAGCAGCGUCGUCAGUGCAGGAGAGGAUAUCGUAUGACCUAGAGGCAGCAGUGGCACGGCAGGCGCAGUUCUAUCACCAGAUAGCGCGCCCGCACAUGCACGACGCCAAGUACCUUGUAGGAGCUGUGGAGCGCUAUAAGGCCUUCCUCUGGCUGCUCAAACACCAUCUCCCUGCUGCCGACUCCUCUGCUGCUGCUGCUGGUGGUGCUGGUAGUGGUGGUGGUGACGGCAGUGGUGGUGCUGGCAGCAUGUUUAUCCCUGCUCUAGACAUCGACUUCGUGUGGCAUGCACAUCAGCUCGCGCCUCUGGCAUAUGCGCACGACUGCAACGUCCUCCUGGGCCGUUUGCUCGCCCACCACGACUCCCUCCCCGACCACCACCACCACGCCCCUCCCACCUCAUCAUCCCACCCGCCCCUCUCCUCCUCCUCCGCUCAUCAGCAGCAGCAGAGGCCGUCUCUCGCGUCUGCCACCCAAUCCACAGCCGCCACGUGGCUGGGUUUCUACAACCGGCCCUACGCGCGAGCAGGCACCAUUCGCAAGGAGCCCGCGCCGCCUCCCUUCCCAUUCCCCCCUCCCUUGAAACCCAAACACGGCGUAGGAGCGGGAGCGGGAGGGGGAGGAGGGAGCGGAGCAGGGAGCACCGCCAGUGGGGCGAGCAGUACCGGCACAGGAAGCCACCUCCCCUCAGGAAACAGCUCCCGAGGGACCUCCAAGAUCGCCUCUCCUGUGUCCUCGCCGGGAGCAUCCCCGAUACAAGACACGCGGGGCGAGCUGCGCGCCGGCAUCCCCCCUCGGCACGUCUUUGACGCGACCCUCUCCCUCCUCUCCGUCUCCUCCCUGCCUGCCUCUCUCAAAGGCGACCUCUCGCUGCAAAUCUCCGCCCUCUCCGCCUGCCCCUCGCUCCGCCUCCGCUCCCACAAGCUCCCUCUCCCCCUCCCCUCGCAAUCCACCCCUUCUCAAUCCCUUCUGGCAAACGAGCAACCGUGGCCGAGCGCUCCCACGUGGUGGCUAUCACUAGACGUGGAGACCAAGGGCGUGGUGCUGCAAUUGCUGCUGGAGCCGCCUAAGGGGCGGCUGUCGGGAAUUGCGGGCAUGGCGGGGAUGGGCGGCGCGCACAAGGCGAGGAGUUUGGGCGAGGUGACGGUGCUGUGGAGCGAUGUGUUUGCUGCUAAGGACCUCUCGUGGCAUGGGGCGCUGGCGCUGGGGUCGGGGGCAGGAGCGGGUGGGAAGGUAAGGCGCAGGAGCGGGUGGAAAGGUAAGGCGCAGGAGCGGGUGGAAAGAAUGAAGCCUGCGUUUCAUCAGCUCUCCUCUCCUCCCUCCUCCUCGUCCCACCGAUACACACAUGUGGUGUUGCAUGUGCGUUCACGCAUUCGCCUUCGACUCGUUUUAGUCCAUUCAUUGGGCAGUGAUGCCAACCAACCAGCCAGUGUGCUCACUCACGGUGUGUCCCUCUGGACUGGGGUCAUGUUCCCCAUGUUCUCGUCCCUUCCUUUUGGGUCGACUCAAAAUUCAGAUGCCAACCAGCCAGCCGGUGUGCUCACGGUGUGUCCCUCUGGUCUAGGGUCAUCCCAUCCACUUUGUCCUCCCCCGCUCAAGUCUCCUCCCACUCCCCUCCACCCACUCCCCUCCUCCCACUCCCCUCCUCCCACUCCCCUCCUCCCACUACCCUCCUCCCACUCCCUGUACGCUCUCACACCGGUGUCUUGCUCUAACCUGCCGCUUCUCCUUCUCUCCCGCUCUCUGCUGUCCCAGCCGGCACCAGUGCUGCUGAUGCUGCAGCCGGCAGUGGGCACGGACGACAGUGGGCUGCAGCUCACAACAGUGGCAGCGGCUGUGCUGAAGCAGCAGCAGGAGGGGCGGUGGAUGGCGCGCACCGUGGUGGACCACACUCUCUCAGACCGCUUCGUUCUGCGCACCCGGUGA